UGUUUUAGGGUUUUAGGGUUUAGCGGGGCCAGGAUCGUUGUCUAGGGCAGCCCCUCACUCCCCUUCCAGCUCUCUUUCACGAGCGGGUCACCUCUCCACCCUCGUCGCCGCUGCACCGAUCCCCCUCUUCUCCUCCUCCUUUCCCUUCCUUCCCAUUCCACGCCAGAGCUCUCUUCGUGAACUUCACAUUGCGAAACAAUGACGCUUCACCUUCUGUAUGAGUCUGCCUCCGGGUAUGCGUUGUUCGAGACCAUGGGCUUGGACGAAAUUGGGCAAAACGCGGAGGCGAUUCAGGAGUCCAUCAUGGACCUGAAUCGGUUUGGGAAGGUGGUCAAGCUCUUGGCUUUUAGUCCGUUCACCUCCGCCGCCGAUGCUCUGGAGCAAUGUAACGCUGUUACUGAAGGAAUCAUGACUGCGGAGUUGAAGAAUUUUCUGGAGUUGAACUUGCCCAAGGCUAAGGCUGGAAAGAAGGCGAAGGUGAGUCUCGGUGUUGCUGAACCUAAGCUUGGUUCGGCUAUCUUGGAGGCUACAAGCAUUCCCUGCCAAAGCAACGACUAUGUGAACGAGUUUCUCAGGGGUGUUCGUUUCCAUUUCAGUCGUUUCAUUAAGGAUCUGAAGGAGGGGGAUAUUGAGAAAGCACAACUAGGUCUGGCUCACAGUUACAGUCGCAGUAAAGUGAAGUUCAAUGUGAACCGAGUAGACAACAUGAUCAUUCAAAGUAUCAGUCUGUUGGACACUCUUGACAAAGAUGUCAACACAUUUUGCAUGCGCGUUCGUGAGUGGUACUCAUGGCAUUUUCCCGAGCUUGUCAAGAUUGUGAAUGACAAUUACUCCUACGCUAAGCUCGUCAAGUUCAUCAAGGAUAAGUCCUCUAUUACUGAUGCUAGCUUGGAAGACCUCACUGAGGUUAUUGGAGAUGAAGACAAGGCUCGCGAAGUCAUUGAAGCUGCCAAAGCAUCCAUGGGUCAAGACAUCUCACCUAUUGAUCUGAUCAAUAUCGAAAUGUUUGCCUCGAGAGUGAUAUCUCUUGUGGAGUACCGCAAGCAACUGCAUUCUUACUUGGUGUCUAAGAUGCAAGAUGUGGCCCCCAACCUGGCUGUGUUGAUUGGAGAGAUGGUCGGAGCUCGUCUCAUUUCCCAUGCUGGAAGUUUGACCAACCUUGCGAAGUAUCCUGCUUCAACCGUGCAGAUAUUGGGUGCCGAGAAAGCACUUUUCAGAGCGCUGAAGACGAAAGGGAACACCCCGAAGUAUGGGUUGAUCUUUCACUCUUCUUUCAUAGGUAGAGCUAGUACAAAGAACAAGGGGCGUAUUUCACGUUAUCUCGCCAACAAGUGCUCAAUUGCGUCACGAAUCGAUUGUUUCUCUGAGGUCAACACAAGUGCCUUCGGAGAGAAGCUGCGGGAGCAGGUUGAGGAACGCCUUGAGUUUUACGACAAGGGUAUUGCACCAAGGAAGAACAUUGAUGUCAUGAAAGACGCUAUCAAGAACGCGAAUGAGACGUCAAAUGGUGCUGAUGACUUGGACAUGACUGAUGCCGAACCCGCCGCAGAAGAGAAUGGUAGCAAGAAGGACAAGAAAAAGAAAAAGAAGAAAGAUGGAGAGGCCAAUGGAACCGAAUCAAAUGGAACCAAAGUUGCAAACGGUGCAUCAGCUGAUGACGAAGAAGCCGCUGUAAACGGAUCCGCCACUGAGGAGAAGAAGAAGAAGAAGAAGAAGAAGAAGUCCGGAGACGAAGCUGCCGAAGAUGUUCCCGAAGCUGCCCCAGUCACUCCAGUGACAGGGAAGAAGUCAAAAAAGCAAAAGAAGACUGAUGAAGAAGUUGCUGUUGCUGUUGCUGUUGCUCUUCCCGUGACCCCGACGACUGAUGGUAAGAAGUCUAAGAAGCAAAAGCGCGCAGAGGAGGCGACCCCGGUGGCUGUUGUGACGGAGAAGAAGAAAGAGAAGAAAAAGAAGCAAAAAACCGAGGACUAGGUGUUUUAUUGAGUAUUUAGGAAUUUUCAAAGAGGUACCCUUUUUUGUUUCACGUAAUUUAAGGGCUCUCCAACACGCAGCUUUGCUAGAACCUAGCUCAGAAAUCAUAGAGCAGAAAGAGCUGUCUUACAGCAUCCCUUUUUGGUCAGGUGAUCCGCGGAUCGUAGUGCAUGCUCUCGUCUUAUAUGUCGCCAGGCUCCUUGACCGACUGUACACUGCUGCUUGUACCCUUUUUAUUACUUCGAUAUGUCAUGAGAUAAUGGCUUUAAGACCCAAUCCAUACGGGAUCUAGCUCAGCAGGUUUCUGCGUGACUUAAACCAUUGACUAGUUGAUUGUAAUACUUUUGGGAUUAACGCAGUGGGGAUUUAUUUCACUAAGAUCA